CACAAUCAAUACUUGAAAACAAAGCAAAAUUCAUCUUAGUAAAAUUUAAAACAGUAGAAAUAAACAUCGGAUACACCAGAGUGACAAUUCCUUUACUGAUGACGGCAACGAAAAAGAGUCACUCAUCAAUAUGAAUUUAUGGUCUUGCUAUCAUGGUUUGUGAAUGUAUCUGUCAAAUCUGCAUCUGCGGAAAACACACCUGUCCAGUACAUGGGAGGAGUUCCCUCACAAUCUCCAAGGGGGAAAUCUGCAAAGUGACCGAGUACUCCAAUCGAUACAGAGUACCCGAACUGUGCCAGGUCAAAUCGUGCAAACCCGAACAAUGUGUACCCGAGUCGGGUGAUUUCUGUGCCGACACGACUACGAAAUGCGACUACAAAGCACACGACUCGGCCAGACGAGACUUGAUCAAAUAUAAUGACACUCUGAAGAAUAAAGGAAAUCUAGAUACGACUACGAUGUACAGAAAGGAGUUUCCAAUUAAGGAGAUCUGCAAGACCAGGUCUUGUAAGCCGGACAUUGACUGGUGCAAGCCGGAGCAGGAAUUCCCGGCCGACACGACCCAGAGGUCAGAUUACAAGGCAUGGGCACAGAAGCCACGCAACACCUGCAAAAAAGAUGAGGUGUACAGUGCCCCCGAAGGGAAGAUGAGUGGAGACACUACUAACAACAGCACCUACAAGGCACACGACAUGUGCAGAGUGCAGAGCUGCAAACCCAAUGAGAUCCCCAUGGACUCCGGCACAUUCAACCCCAUGACUGAGAACAAGGCGACUUAUGUGGCUCACCCAGUGAACAAACCAGACUCAUGCAAACCACCUGAAGAGUACACGCCAGCUGGUCCAUUCGACAGUCUCACCACAAGCAGGAGGGACUACACCACCAAGUGUCUCUCGAAGACUCUGAGUUGCAAGCCAGAGGACACCUGCAUCCAGUCCGAUAUCCCUCUGAAUGCGACCACUGAAACGAGGGACAAUUAUAAGGCACCCAAUGGAAAGAGGCCAGACCUCAUCAUUCCAGGCGACAACCUGUGCAACAAGGGAGCUUUGGAGAAGUUGACAACCAACAGGAGGGACUACAAGUACAGUGGGGGCUGCAGGGCGGAGAGUGCGAAGCCGAUAGAGUGUGCCAACCUCAGCGACAUCCCCUUCGACUCCAACACAGAGUUCAACAGCAACUUCAAGGCAUGGGCAGCUAAGAAGAGGAACAGCUGCGCUCCACAGCCUGACUACAAGCCCUCGGAAGCGCCGUUUGAGAAGACGACUGCCUACAACACCAACUACAUUGCACACCAGAUAUGCAAACCCAUCUCAUGCAAACCACAAGUGUGUCGCAAUGAGGUGUGUGACUUCAAAGGGGACACGGAGUACAAGAUGUCCUAUAAUUACAAACAGGCGGCAUGUUGUCCAGUGCUGAACUUGGCCGGGCUGGGGUAUGAGUUUGUGCAGCAGACAUGUGAUGGCCACCAAGUGUUCACCAAGUUCUGUCCCGACCCCACCUGCCCCUCCCAGAAGCAACACAACGAGGACUUCCAGAAGAAGCCCAUCUAA